GAAGAAGCCCCGCCCUACAGCCUCGUCUCUUCCGGUCAGGGCCAUAUCAGCACGUUUUAUUUAUUGUGAAAUAUAUAUUUUUAGCUGUCGUUAGUGAUGUGGCCUAUUAAAUGACAGAGCCAUUUUAAGACUUUGUUUAUCUCACGAUUGUCAGUGUCAUAUAGCUCGCAGAAAUCUCUUGUGAACAAACCGAGCAUCAUCCAGUCAUGGAGGAGGAGAUAGUGGAGACUCCGGAGGAGCAGCUGGCCAAGCAGCACCGCAAGGAGAAGAAAGAUAUGCAAGCAAAAAUCCAGAGCAUGAAAAAUGCAAUCCCCAAAAAUGACAAGAAAAGGAGGAAACAGAUGACAGAGGAGAUAGCAAAAAUAGAGGCUGACCUCAGCAAGAAGCAUGAGGAGGAAUUGAGCCAACUCAAAUCUACAACUGAUUCAAAGGUGGAAGAGGUGCUAAAUGGAGUGGAGACCAUGAAGAUGGAAGGUGGAGAAGAAGGAGAAGAAGAAGAAGGAGAGGUCAAACAGCCACGAGUAACCAAGGCCCAGAAGAGAAGGGACAAGAAGGCUGCCCAGGAGAAGGAGAGGGAGAGCAGGAUAGCAGAGGCCGAGGUGCAAAACCUGCAGGGUGUGAGGCACCAGGAGGGUCUGAAGCUGACUCAGAAACUCUCCCAGCAACAGCUCCAGAUCAAGGAGAUCUCUUCUGAUGGCCACUGCAUGUACCGAGCCAUAGAAGAUCAGCUGGCACAGCGAUCAAAGCCGGCUUUAAUCAUGAGUGUAAAAGAACUGAGGUCCCGCACUGCUGAGCACAUGAGAGCUCACGCUGAUGACUUCCUGCCUUUCCUCACCAACCCCAACACUGGUGACAUGUACACAACAGAUGAGUUUGAGAAAUACUGCAGUGACGUGGAGCACACAGCAGCUUGGGGUGGACAGCUGGAACUGAAAGCUUUGACCCAAGUCCUUCAGAAGCCAAUAGAAGUGAUCCAGGCCGACUCCCCAACUAUAAAAAUUGGGGAGGAAUUUGACAGUGAAUCCAUCACCCUUGUCUACAUGCGUCACGCCUAUGGACUAGGAGAGCACUACAACUCUGUGGAGCGGCUAAAGGACCCAGCCAACGCAGAGGACAGCUGAGGGACAGCUCAGUCUUGGUGUGACAUAAACCAAUGUGUGUAAUGCUGAGAGUGUUCUAACCACUCACACCAAGGGCCCCGAAAUACAAAUGUAUCUGCAGGGAGACCCCCCACCCCCCUCAAUGAAGGCACCUUUAAUCUGAGGUUGACAGAGAAUGUUGCUGGUUUAAACACAUAAUGAGACUUUUCUGUUUAAAUGUCAAAACAUAUCAGUGCAGAGAGUGAAAUCCAGUUCUGAAAACAGAAUUAUUGUGCUAAUAAAACUAGCAUAGAUUAACAUGUUAAUGAUUUUACACUGGACACCCAGGUCUAUCAGUCAGUUCAGUGACCCCUGGGGUUCACUUUACCCAUUUUGGGAAGCAAUGGUGUACACCAAACUCUUAUCCAGAAUGUGCAGGGGAGGAUGUAGGAGCUGUGGAUCAUUCAUGUCACUCCAAAUGUCAACAGUCACUGAGUGGACUUUUGAAGCGCUCUAUGAAUUAACUGAACUGUGGAACUUGUGUCAAUGUUACAUAAAAACAUGCAAUACUAAUAUGGUAUGUCACUGCUUUGUUUUUUAAUAUUUGUGAUGAGGAAAAUAAUAUUUUAUACUGAAUACUGAUUUUAAUACAAGACUAAGAAAGAUUACCUUUUUUUCUUUAACUAAACGUGAUCAGCAGGAAGCAUGUGCACAUCCAUUCAUUAUUUGCAGGUGUUUAGCAAAACUAGAAGAAGAAAAAAGAAAUACCUGAAUGCUCCUGACACAAUCUGUCCCAGUUCUUUAAGUUUACAUGGACAUGAUUAAUUUAAGUUAUCAGUUCAAAAAAAUUAUUUUAGAUAGACAGUAUUCGUCACGUCUGCCUGCAGUUAACUUGUUUCAUGUAAUUUAUAGUAUAUACUCGGCAAAGCAAGCAAAGAACAAAUAGAUCAUGGCUCCCUCUGCCUGUUUUUGAUAACAAACAAACAAAUGUUAACUUUCUGAGGCGUAUGCUGGACUUAUACCUGCCUACCCUGAAGGCAUAUAGUGUAUGCUCUAUAUGCUUCCUAAUACUUAAAAAACAACACUGUCCUAGGAGAAUAUUAUACAAUCUGAAUACAGAACAGAUCUAAAAUAAACCAAAUAAUAAUUGUAAAUACAUUAGUCAAAACAAGCUUCACCUUGACCAGCGACACAAUGCUUCUUAUACUUCAAUGCAUCAGUAAUAACAAUCCAGUUAUGACUAUACAUGAAAAUAUUAGAAAAAGAAAUACUGCAAAAUGGGAAUUUUAAAAAAAGAAUACUGUGUAAAGUGUGUUUUGCUGAUAAUACAAGGUUCAAGGUCUUCAUAAUAAUAUCCACAACAAAUACAGAGAAGCACUUGUAAUGAAAAUCUUGUAUUCCAGGCGACCCUCUGACAUACUGUAAUUAAGUAUGAAUAAAAGAAAGAAUGUCAUAAAAAAGGAAAAAAACAAUUCCAAGACAUAAAAUAGUGCAUUUUGAAUAUAGGAAUAAAAUCUGACACGAAUAAGAUAUAAAAUAUACUAAUAUUGACUUCUGGAGCAGUAAAUGUAAAUAAAUAAACUGACUGUAGCGAGGAAUGUAGUGGAUGUACAUGCAUACACAGUAUAAAUGUAAUAGCUUGAAAAGGUAUAUAAAGGUAUAUUGGGAACUUAAAAACACAAAUUACAAGUUGAAUCAAUGAAAUCACAGAAAAUAUACAAACGAGUAGGCUAUAUAUACUUGGUUAAAAUAUUGUUGAUAGCUGGUAAAAAUAAAAAAAAAGUCGCCAGAAAAUGGGGUAUAGUUGAUCCUUCUACAAGGGAGCAAUGGAUAGAUAUAGUAGAGGAAAUUUACAUAACGGAAAACUUACACAUCGUCCGAGAAUUCAAGAAACAGUUGGAAUAAAAGUGGGAGAAAUGGACAUUAUUCAGGACACUGAACAGCGACAAUAAGGAUAACCGAUUUAGUCACAAGAACAGAAACAGAAGACCUAUUAAAAGCAAUGUAAGUUCCAAGCAGUUAUAUUUUCCUGAUUGUUUUUUUUUGUGUGGGAUUUGUAUGGUUGUUUGUUUUUCUUUUGGGGUCCUCUUUGUUAUUACUGUGACAGGUUUUUGUGUUGAGGUGAAACCAAUACAAUUAAAAUGAAACAAA